GCAGAUUACCGUUCAGAAUAUUUACUUUUUCGCGACUCUUAUCGACCUGCUGAUUGAAUUUAGUGUUACAAAGCGAAAUCUCCGAAAACCGGUGGUAGAUCCUUCAUUUUUCAAUUUUUUGCCUUUGCUGCAUAUUGUAUAUCAAACGAACUCUAUUUUUCGUCAAUGCCAGAAAUAGAAAGUAAAAGCACAAAAGAGGAAAAGCGAACACCACGUUGGCAGUUUCGAAAAGCAAAGAAGCUAGAAAGGAGACGAAAGCAGCGUCAAAAAAUUGCAAUUGACAGAUUGUCAAAAAGGAAUGACAUGGAAAGCGAUCCAUUGAAGUCAUUAGCAGAAAGACAGAAGUAUGAACAAGCAAAAAAGCAGUGGGAAGAACGAGAAGAGAAGUACAAGUUGACUGAAAUGGCAAAAGCAGAAGCCAAAGCCAAAGAGGAAAAGGCGAAGGCUAUAGCGAAGAAAAAAUGGCAAGAAAUGCUGCUCAGUUUGCCGAUUAUAACAGCACCUACAUUCUCUGCUACCACAACAACAGCAAUUACAGAUACCACGGACGGAAGUCAAAGCUCAACUUCAAGCAAGAAAAAACCUGUAUUUAAAAAGUUUGUGGAUUCUUCAGACAGUCAACAUGUUGAAGUCUCAUCUAAAGCAAGACGUUGCACUUAUAGAGAUCGAUUCCAGAAACAGAAGAUAGCCGCGAAAAAGAAAGAAGAAAUGUCCUUUUAUCCUUUUUCUAACUACUGAGGUUGUUUAAGAUAUAUCCUUAACGUUCUGCAAUUAUACCCCUUUUAUACCCUCAUAGAUAUACGAUCAUCUUGAAUUGCUUGGUACAAGCAGAUAGGGAGCUGACUAUCGCAGGUAAUCUACUUUAAAUUAUCUUAUUAUGAACAUCGCUUUCGAAAUUUUUGAAAAUAAAAAUUAUAAAUUGAUGCUGCUAUGUAAAAGGAAAAGGCAGCCCUACUUUAUUAAGACAUGAUGACUGUGUAUAAAAAAAACUACAAUUUAUACAUCAAAGAAGAAAC